AUGGCAACCACAGAGAUAGAAGAGAUAACUCAUCUGCCAAAACUGAAGGACGCCGACUCAUUUCCGUUGUGGGAUUUUGAAAUCAAGAUUCUGAUGCAUGCAAAAGAACUGAUAAACAUCGUUGAUGGCAGCGACCUGUUAAGUGACCAAGGAAGAGACGAAGAAAAUAUAAGGAAAUGGAAGAUGCAAGAUGCAAAGUUCCAAUACUGCAUAGUGAGAACGAUAGAGAAACACGUGAAGACCCACAUUAUGACAUGCACAACCACUAAAGAAAUGUACGACACCUUGAAGCAAAUUUAUCAGCGAGACACCUCUCAACAGAAGUGCCUUCUACUACAAGACUUCCACAACUUCAAGUAUGACAAAACUAAGGAUAUGAUGACGAAUAUAAGUCAUGUGCAGAACAUUGCCUUCAGGCUUCAUCAACUGAACCAAACGCUGAUGAAAACAUGA